AUGGAUUCUAAGAGAAAAAAGUUCACAGUUGAUGAUGAUGAUGAUGAUGAUGUAGUAGUUGAUCGUAUAUCUGAGUUGCCAGAAGAUGUUUUGCUACACAUUCUGUCCUUCCUUCCUACCAAACAAGUAUUUCAAUCUACUCUUUUGUCUACACGAUGGAAGCAUGUGUGGACUACAUUCCCCAUUCUAAAAUUCGAUAAAACCUCCGUGUUGUGGAGUUCAGAAAAGAAGAAUGAUCCGGAAGUCAAGAUAAAGAGACGCAACUUUUACAAGUUCUUGAAUAAAUGUUUACGAUUACGAAGCCGAGAAAGUCAGAGACCACAUAUAAAGAAUUUUACAUUAGAGGUUAGCAUGCAGAAUCACAAAUCCAAGUCUCGUGUUGACCGCUGGAUAAGGUUUGCGGUUAAGAGUAAUGUUGAAGAGCUGAUUCUUUUCUUCGGUAGGUCUCGUAUACGUUAUCCCUUGCCUCAUAGUGUUUUGGUUGCAAAACCUUUAACUGUGUUGACUCUACAUUGUUGUAAGUUGGAUUCAAUUCGUAGUGAUAUAAACUUACCAUCUUUGAAAAACUUGUCUUUAUUAGGCGUUUAUGCAGAUAAUCAAAUUAUUCAGAAUCUGAUUUUUGGGUGUCCUAUGAUAGAAGACAUGGGAAUUUCGUGUUGUCGGGGCAUUAAGUGUUUAAAGAUUUUUGGUCUCCCUAAAGUCAUGAAAAUUCUGGUACAAAACAAUCACCUUGACAGGCUUGAAUUGGAAGCAUCAAAUCUUCGUGAUCUAUGUAUAAUCGAGGGUCGGCUAUCUGAGCUCAACUUGCUUCCUUUAAAAAAUCUAAAAAUGUCAUUUCUAAAUACACCAAAUGCAAAGGAAAAGUGGUUUGAUGAUAAUCUUUCUGGAUUUCCACUCCUUGAGAACUUAGAGCUAGCAAUUUGA